UCUGAGUUGACUCUGCCAAGUCUGGACAGAAGCCUGUGCCUGUGAGCAUCUAGAGCCACAUCGCUUCAGGGGUGAAUCCCAGCAUUUCUAUCUCUACUUGCCAUUGAGAGUGACUGGGCUGUUUGCAAGCCCUUGCAGAUUUGGGAUCACAUGCUACUGUGGACAGCUGUGUUAUUCCUGGCUCUAGUAGCCGGCACACCUGAUCUCCCCAAGGCUGUGGUGAGACUUGAGCCUCCAUGGAUCCAGGUACUCCAGGAAGACAAUGUGACACUAGCCUGCCAGGGGUCCCACAACCCUGGGAACCACUCCACACAAUGGUUCCACAAUGGGAAAUCCAUCCCAGCCCAGGUCCAGCCCAACUACAACUUUAAAGCCAAGAGAAAUGACAGUGGGGAGUACAGGUGCCAGAUGAGCCAGACCAGCCUCAGUGACCCUGUGCAUCUGGUUGUGAUAGCCGACUGGCUGCUGCUUCAGACCCCUCAACUGGUGUUCCAGGAGGGGGACACCAUUGUGAUGAGGUGCCACAGCUGGAAAGACAGCUUUCUGAACAAGAUCACUUUCUACCAGAAUGGGACAUCCAAGAAGUUCUCCCAUUUCAGUAGUAACUUCUCCAUCCCCAGUGCCAAUCUUAGUCACAGUGGUGAUUACUACUGCACAGGAAAUAUAGGAAGGAUGUCCUACUCAUCCAAGUCUGUGGCCAUCACUGUCCAAAGGCCUGAGUCAAGUGACUCAAUGGUGAUGGUGAUUGUGGCUGUGGUCACUGGGAUUAUUGUAGCAGUCAUUGUUGUUGCCAUAGCAAUUUUGAGCUACCUCAAGCGAAAACAGAAAGCAGUCAAUCCCAUUGAUUGUGAGGAAACUUCCAAAAGAGAGAAUGGAAAUACCAUCACCUAUUCACUACUCAAGCACCCGGAAGCUCCAGAGGAAGGAACAGAGCCUGGUUAUGAGAACCACAAUUAGUCUCUCUCUCUCUCUCUCCCCUCUAUCCCUCUCUGCCCCUUUCUCUUUCUCUCCCUCUCUC